AUGACUAUUAUUCACGAUGGUUCUAAACUCUUCAACAGUCUGUACGCAUGCGGACAGGAAAUCCUCAUCAACAAAGGAUUCUCCCUCCCGGAUACCUUCACCACCAUAGCCAAGAUCAAAGACCAAAAAGGGCGAGACACUCUCACCUUCUGUAUGCACUGCUUACCAUUCGUAUUCACAGGUCUCCCACCGAUCAAGAUCACCGAGCACCACCUCUUCAAAUUAAAUAGUUUUGUUAUUCAAGACAUAGAAGCUUUAAGAAUCGUUAAAACAAAUUAG